AUGGACAUUGAGAGACUCACCAUAAGAGGUGCUGGGAUGACCCUGAUACUGAGGACCCCCACCUGGGCUCCCCUGCUGCUCAUAGGAAUGCUGACCACAGGCCUGGUCCAGUCACCAAUCCCUGCCUCAGCUCCUCGUGGCUUCUGGGCUCUGUCUGAAAACCUGACAGCAAUAGAGGGGGCGACUGUCGAGCUGCAGUGUGGGGUCAGUGCCCCUGGCAGUAUGGUCCAGUGGGCCAAGGAUGGGCUACUUCUAGGUCCCAAUCCCAGGAUCCCAGGCUUCCCCAGGUACCACCUGGAAGGAGAUCCUGUGAAAGGUGAAUUCCACCUGCACAUUGAAGCCUGUGACCUCAGCGAUGAUGCAGAAUAUGAAUGCCAGGUCGGCCGCUCGGAGAUGGGCCCUGAGCUCGUGUCUCCCAGAGUGAUCCUCUCCAUCCUGGUUCCUCCCAAGGUGCUUCAACUAAUCCCUGAGGCAGGAAGCACAGUCACCUGGGUUGCUGGGCAGGAGUAUGUGAUCACCUGUGUGUCUGGGGAUGCAAAGCCAGCACCGGACAUCACCUUUAUCCAGAGUGGAAAAACUGUAUCAGAUGUCUCCACUAACGUGAACGAGGGGUCCCAGGAGAAACUCUUCAUCAUGGAAGCCACAGCCACGGUGACGCCCCAGAGCUCGGAUAACGGGCAGUUACUCGUCUGCGAGGGGUCCAGCCCAGCUUUGGACAGCCCCAUCAAGGCUUCAGUUACCAUGAAUAUUCUCUUCCCCCCAGGACCUCCUGUCAUCAGUUGGCCAGGCCUGGAAGAGGGGCAUGUGCGAGCGGGGCAGAACCUGGAGCUGCCUUGCACCGCCCUAGGGGGAAACCCACCAGCCACACUACAGUGGCUGAAGAAUGGUGAGCCAGUGGCCAUAGCUUGGGGCACAGAACAUGCCCAGGCUGUGGCCCACAGUGUGCUGGUGAUGACUGUACGACCAGAAGACCAUGGAGCACGGCUCAGCUGUGAGUCCUACAACAGUGUGUCUGCAGAAACCCAGAAGCGAAACAUCAUACUGGAGGUCACCUUCCCCCCCAGCGCCAUUACCAUCCUGGGAUCCACAUCGCAGUCUGAGAACAAAAAUGUGACCCUCUGCUGUGUCACCAAGUCCAGUCGCCCUCGGGUCCUGCUGCGGUGGUGGCUGGGUGGGCGGCAGCUGCUGCCCACUGAUGAAACCGUCAUGGAUGGCCUACAUGGUGGCCACAUCUCCAUGUCCAAUCUGACGUUCUUGGUGCGGAGGGAAGACAAUGGCUUGUCCCUCACCUGUGAAGCUUUCAGUGAUGCUUUUAGCAAGGAGACCUUCAAGAAGUCACUUACCUUGAAUGUGAAAUAUCCUGCCCAGAGGCUGUGGAUUGAGGGACCCCCAGCGGGGCAGUACAUCCGGACUGGGACCCGGGUGAGGCUGGUGUGUCUGGCCAUUGGAGGCAACCCAGACCCCUCUCUCAUCUGGUACAAAGACUCGCGCACUGUGACGGAGCCACGGCAGCCCCAGGACCCACGGCCUGUGCAGUUGGGAAGCUUGGAGAAGUCAGGCAGCACUAUCUCCCGAGAGCUGGUGCUGAUCAUAGGUCCAUCGGACAAUCUGGCCAAGUUCUCGUGCAAGGCAGGCCAGCUCAGUGCAUCCACACAGCUGGUGGUGCAGUUUCCUCCAACCAACUUGACCAUCCUGGCCAACUCAUCGACCCUGCGCCCAGGGGAUGCCUUAAACUUGACAUGUGUCAGCAUUAGCAGCAACCCCCCAGUCAACUUGUCCUGGGACAAAGAGGGGGAGAGGCUACAAGACGUGGCUGCACCGGCCCAGAGUGCCCCAUUCAAGGGCUCUGCUGCAUCCAGGAGUGUUUUCCUUCGGGUGUCAUCCCGGGACCACGGCCAUCGUGUGACCUGUCAAGCCCACAGCGCAGAGCUCCGGGAAACCGUGAACUCUUUCUACCGCCUCAAUGUGCUGUACCCUCCAGAGUUCCUAGGGGAGCAGGUGCUGGUGGUGACCGCGGUGGAGCAGGGCGAGGCGCUGCUGCCUGUGUCCGUGUCCGCGAACCCCGCCCCCGAAGCCUUCAACUGGACCUUCCGCGGCUACCGCCUCAGCCCAGCUGGCGGCCCCAGGCAUCGCAUCCUGUCCAGCGGAGCUCUGCAGCUGUGGAACGUAACGCGCGCGGACGGUGGGCUCUAUCAGCUGCAUUGCCAGAACUCGGAGGGCACCGCGGAGGCGCUGCUGCGGCUGGACGUGCACUAUGCUCCCAGCAUCCGUGCCCUCCGGGAUCCUACUGAGGUUAACGUUGGGGGUUCUGUGGACAUAGUCUGCACUGUUGAUGCCAAUCCCAUCCUCCCGGGAAUGUUCAGCUGGGAGAGGCUGGGGGAAGAUGAGGAGGACCUGAGCCUAGAUGACUUGGAGAAGACAUCAAAGGGAUCCACUGGGCGUCUGCGGAUUCACCAGGCCACACUGGCCCAGGCUGGUGCCUACCAGUGCAUUGUGGACAACGGGGUGGCACCUGCAGCCCGAGGGCUGGUCCGUCUUGUCGUCAGAUUUGCCCCCCAGGUGGAUCAUCCCGCUCCCUUAACUAAAGUGGCUGCAGCUGGGGACAGCACCAGUUCGGCCACCCUCCACUGCCGUGCCCGGGGUGUCCCCAACAUUGACUUCACUUGGACCAAAAAUGACAUCCCUCUGGAUCUCGAGGAUCCCAGGUACACAGAGCACACCUACCACCAGGGUAGUGUUCACAGCAGCCUCCUGACUAUUGCCAACGUGUCUGCAGCCCAGGACUAUGCCCUCUUCACAUGCACAGCCACCAAUGCCCUUGGUUCGGACCACAUCAACAUUCAACUCGUCAGCAUAAGCCGCCCUGACCCUCCAUUGGGGCUGAAGGUUGUGAGCCUGACCCCCCACUCCAUAGGACUGCAGUGGAAGCCUGGUUUCGAUGGGGGCCUGCCUCAGAAGUUCCACAUCAGGUAUGAGGCCCUGGAGAUACCAGGGUUCCUCUACGUGGAUGUCCUACCACCCGAGGCCACCACCUUCACACUGACUGGGCUGCAGCCAGCUACGAGAUACAGGAUCUGGUUGCUGGCUAGCAAUGCCCUUGGGGACAGUGGAUUGGCUGACAAGGGGAUCCAGGUCUCCAUCACUACCCCAGGCCUGGACCAGACUCCUGGAGAUGUGGAUCACCAGCUGCCCACAGAGCAGCCUCCAGGACCCCCUCGGUCGCCCCUGUUGCCAGUGCUGUUCGCACUUGGAGGUCUGCUGCUGCUUUCCAAUGCCUCCUGUGUUGGUGGACUCUUAUGGCGGCGGAGACUAAGGCGCCUUGCUGAGGAAAUAUCAGAGAAGACAGAGGCAGGAUCGGAGGAGGACCGAGUGAAGAAUGAAUAUGAAGAGAGUCAGUGGACUGGGGACCGGGACACUAGAAGCUCCACGGUUAGCACAGCAGAAGUGGAGCCAUAUUACCACUCCAUGAGGGACUUCAGUCCUCGGCUGCCCCCCACCCUGGAGGAGGUGUCUUAUCCUCAAGGCUUUGCAGGUAUUGAAGAUGAGGACUUGGCCUUCCCUAGACACAUGUAUGAUGAGGUGGAGAGAGCCUAUGGCCCAUCUGGGGCCUGGAGACCCCUCUAUGAUGAAGUACAAAUGGAUCCCUAUGACUACCGCUGGUCUGAGGCCAAGUAUGAAGAUCCAAGAAGAAUCUAUGACAAAGUGGCAGCAGAUGUAGACACUGUGGAACCCAGUUCUCUACCUUUUGAGCUGAGGGGACACCUGGUGUGA